ACAAACGGUCACUGCAUCAAACCAGUCCAGUCUAAACACACAGACGCCUGCAUUAUCCUCCCUCUUCCUUCACCCUGAGCCGUUACAUCUGAGGCCAUUUUUCUUCAUUUCUUUUAUUUAUUUUUCCCGAACAGAAUUUUCCAGAACCCUCCGGACAGGACGAGGCAGCCCGGACUGGGACAUGGAACGCUGGAUGCCUCACAAUUAGAUCUCGUCUUCUUUGUUUCUCACCUGUGACCCUCCGCUCUCGACCCAAGCCCCGUCCAUACGCCCGGCAGCAUGGAGGAGCAGCCAAUCAGCGCGCAGCCUGACUCACAAGCCCCGCCCACCGAGGAAGGGCAGCACAUGGAUCACCUGACCGUGGUCGCCGACGCCUCCGAGAGCAGUAACGGUGUGGUCCCGGUCCAAAGCUCGCCCACCGCCUCCAGGCCCAAACCCGGGAGCAGGUCUGGCUCUGUGGCCGGAGGUUCCCCCAGACCCUCCCUGUGCCGCCAGCCCAGCACUAGUCCAGAUGCCGUGCAGGAUGGAUCCAAGCCACGCGACUACCUGCUCCUGGCCAUCCUGUCCUGCUUCUGCCCCCUGUGGCCAAUCAACAUCGUCGCACUCACCUUCUCCGUCAUGUCGAGGAACAGCCUGCAGCAGGGGAACGUGGAUGGCGCGCGGCGUUUGGGUCGGAAUGCCAUGAUUCUGUCGGUUGUGUCCAUUUUGGGAGGAAUCGCCAUCAUCACAGCCACCAUCGUCUUCAAUUGGGGCUUGAUUCUAAAGUCCUGAUGAACCCGGAUAUCUGGAUCUGACAACUACUGUCCCUCUUCAACGUGCAAGCUCCAACUCCUCUGAAGCUCCUUCUCUUAAGCCCCCCCCCCCCUCUUCUCUCAAGCUCCUCCUCCUUUAAAGCUCCUCCUCCUCUUAGACUCGUCCCCCUGAUUCGCUCAAAUAUUAUAAAUCUUCAGUUUUUGUUUUUUCUUUGCUGUUUGCUGCUGCACGUCACGCAUGGUCUUCCUCCCGACUCUACCUCCAACAUGAGCGCACAAGCGCACCACAGCGCCCCCACUGUUGCUCGGUGGGACCGACAUCUGUUCAUUUUACGGAAAUACUCUGCUCCAAAACUCAACGUUAUAUGCCAAAAACUGAACAGAAAAAAGCUGCUGCGAAGUGGAAAUGCUUUUAAGAAGUGAAAAAAAUGCAAGUGAAACAUGAAGAUCUGUGGAUCCUAAAGCUGCUCUGUCGUUUACAAAGCCCCUCUUUACUUUAGACCAGACUUUAGACCAGACUUUAGACCGGACUUUAGACCAGACUUUAGACCAGACUUUAGACCAGACUUUAGACCAGACUUUAGACCAGACUUUAGACCAGACUUUAGACCGCUCUUUAGACCACUCUUUAGACUGACCCAAACACCAUGUGAUCACAGAUUGCCUUUCUUUGAGACUUUAAGACAUUUCAGCCGAUUCACGACUGUUGAGAUUUAAAAAAAAACCCAUCAUGUAACAAACACUAGAAAAUGGGACAAAAAACAGUUGCCUGGACUAAAUCAGUACUAGUUCAGAAUUUGGUCUAAACCUUGAAUAAGGACGACUCAUGAAAGGUUCAAACAUCAAUCUACACUCUAAAAGAAUUACAAACUGAAGCCAAUUUUCAUCAUUAAAAUAGACACAGAACAGAAGAGGCACGAUAUUAUGUUUGUGUUAUGGAUGUUCAGAAAUGCGACUUCGAUAUUAUGACGAUGUUUGAAAAUACUAGAAAAAACAAGAAGUUCAGACUUUAAUUCAGUGGCGAAAAGGGACAGGACGAGAUCCGUGAGACAAAAGUGCUACAUGAGGAAAAUUACAUUACGUUUCUUUGAGAAGCUGUAGUUCACAAAGCAACAUUACCACAAAAGCAAAAAUAUGAAAUAAACUAAAAAACAGUGAAGCCACAAACAAAUGAUUUAACUGAAAUUAUGUCAAAAUCUCGUUCUCAUCGACUUAAUCUCGUGUCUCGUGUCUCGUCUCGUGGAAAAUGCGUCUCGUUCCACCCCUACAAGAAGUGAAUAUGAAAAAGUAACAAAGAAAACAGGACAAAUUGAGGCAAAUUUUGAACUUAAGGAAAAAAAUGAAUCAAAUCAGCUUUAUUUCACAUAUUCAUAAAAAACUCUUUUGUCAGAUGGAGUCAGACCUCCUCCAAUUUGAUAUAAAUGAUGAGGACGAUGGUCUAAUUCUGGGCCCCUAAAACCCUGGGGCCCGGGACAGCAGACCCUUUUGCCCCCCCCUCUGUCGACUCCCCUGGAUGGAACCUUGGUGUUAUCGCAAUAUAUCGAGUUUGUUGUGAUAUCGAUACUUUUGCAAUAUAUUGUGCAGCCCAAACCCAAACCCUGAGACCCACUGUGCGAAUACGACAAAGUUUACAAUAAAAAUAACUUUGAAUUUGAGAGACCAAUGACAGAACUAUGAUUUUAGGUUCAGAGCGCAAAUGUUUUUAGAAAAUAAUCCUUUCAACAGUUUCAUAAUAGACACAGAUUAGAAACAAAUCCCUUUUUUAAACCUGUAAAGUCGAGUAUAAUCACGUUUUCACCCUGGACUUGUUUAAGCAAAGAACCAAAGUGCCCAAAACAUGCCAAACUCUGACAGCUGUGUUUUCUGUGUUAAAACGAAUCUGCAGACGAGUUUUAAAAUGAAAUUAUGGUUUGAAUAAUGGAUUGACCCUGUGUCGACUCCACUCAAAACUGUAUUCAAUUAUUGACCACAGACGCAGCGAGGGAGGCCUGGACCGCCGUGUCACAUGACCUCCUCUGCGGAAAACUCUCAAGUGAAAAUUGCCAAGUUUACAGCGUUGGGUCAGUUUAACUAAACCUAUUUUAAUAAUUG